AUGUACCAGUAUAUCGGCAAGCUGCGUGUUCCGGGCACUGGAGACUGGGUUCGAAAUGAGCCACUGUUUCGGGCGUGGGUUGAGAAAAACGAUAACCCGCUUCUGUGGGUCUCUGGCACUCCGGGAUGCGGCAAGAGCUUCAUCGCACAGAACAUCAUUGCUUACCUUCGAGAGCGUUUCCCUCAGUGUGACGCCACUGAGAGCAACCAUACUUCUGUUGGGUAUUUCUUUUUCAGACACAACGAUCCCGAGACAAGGAAAUUCCACUGUGCAUUGAGGAAUAUCGCGUUUCAAAUCUACCAGAAUGACCCUUCCUACAGAGACUACGUUCAUGCUCACUGCCAUUCGACUGACAACAUCAAACCAAUCCACGCUGCGUGGAGAGUCCUGUUCAUGGACUACUAUCACAACGCCCGCGGGAACGUUGAGGGUAACGUAAUUCUUGUCCUCAACGGCGUGGAUGAAGCCUUUGAGGAGGACUGUAGGGAGUUCCUGAGGCUAGCUUCAGAUAUCGUACACGAUCCUGUCAAGCCUCGCCUCAAAGCCGUACUCCUUGGGAGACCAGAUAUAUACAACGAUCUGGUGGAGGCUUUCGAGCAGCCUGUCCCUACCAUCCACAUCAUUGCCAACAAAAACAUUGGGGAUAUCACAACAUACGUUAAAAAGGGCAUCCGCAAGUCUCGACAGAUGAGUCGGAUUCCGAAGACACUGCGCCUGAAAAUUGAGGAAACCUUGAUCAGCAAGGCCGAGGGGAUGUUUCUUUGGGUCGACCUGAUGUUGACAGAGCUUAAUGGGAAGACCAAAGCUGGCAGCAUGCUUGAGAGCCUCCACAAGGCCCCCAAGGGCCUCGAUGCGAUGCUGAGACACGUCCUGGAGACAUUCAGCACCAGGCUGAGCGAAGAAGAAGCAAUUGAUCUCAACAUUAUUCUGGCGUGGGUUUCAUGUGCGGACAGACCUUUGACAUUGGAGAAGCUAAGUGAAAUACUGCACUUCGAGCGGGAUACUCACGAUGAAAGAUUGGCGCUGGAGGAUGCUCUACCCGGUUGGGGUAGACAGGCCUUUGAUCAGUCUCAAAAUGACCAGUCCGCUGAAAACAGUGACUCUUCUAGCGAGCAGGAAUCGGGGUUCAAUUCGGACAUAUAUUGGACGACAGUAACCUUCUGCCAUGCCUCAAUUCGAGAUUAUCUGCGAAACCCAGACUAUGGCAAGGUAUCUGGGGGAGAUGGCUGA